GGAAUGGAGAAAGUAUAAAGAGGAGGAGAGAAAUCCCAAAAACCCCAGCCAAGAAAGAAACCGCUCCUCUUCAUCUUUCCGCCGCCGACAACAUUUACACCGCCACAGGACGUUUUCCGGCCGGCAGCAUAUCGCCAAUCUUCUCCCCUUCACACAUUUCCCGCCGGGCAAGCCUCGCUAGAACCCUUCCUUUUCUUUCUCUUCUUUAAUCUCUCCCCCUGUUUCCCGCUCGCUACAUUAUAUUUUUUUCAUGUUAUUUUUGGCCUCUUGCGUGCACUUAACUGUAAUUUUCGCCGCAGAAUCCGUCGGAUUAUUUAAUCAUUUGUUUGAAACUUGGCUGCGUAUUGGUUUCCGUUUUCCUCUCCUCUCCCCCUCAGCGGUUUGUGUUCUACUGGCUUCUCUCUUUUUUUUCUCAACCAACAAUCUCUGGCUGAAACCGGCGAGAGCGAGGGGUUUUUUUUUUUAUUGGGGAACUUUUUUAUUUGUUCGUCGCGCCAUUUUUCCGGUAAAUUACCCAGUUAGGUAAAUUGGGAUUUCCUCCCUUUUUUUUUUUUAAAUUCUGUUCACAGGUUUUCUCACUUGAAAGUUCCGUUCUGUUGUUCUGGGUUAUGUUGUUUGGAGUGGGAAUCAUUCAAAAUGGUGAUGAUGGCCACGUUGAUUGAUGUACUCUAUUGAGCUGAACUUUUGGCAUGCAGAACUGUGUGAUUAGCAUAUGAUGUUUUCUAUGAUCAUUGCAGAGAAAUGGGUUUUUGUGUUUUUGGCUUCUGAUUGAAUGUGACGUUAAUGGUUUGAUUGAUUUGGAACCAACUAUUUGCUGUGGAGCUACGAGAGUUGGACUCAUUUUCCCGCAAGUUUUGAGAUUUUGGUGAUUUGGGUGAAUCCCAAAUGUGAAACGAUUGAUGGGUUGUUUGUGCAGAGGCUGGAGCCGGAUAAGAAGAAGAUAAUCUAUGGAGGGAGACGCAGGAAGAGAUUUGGGAUGCCAGAAGAUUAUGGAUGGGAAGGAGAGUAAUGGCCAUAAUGGUUCAGUGAAACCCAUCACUACUAUCCCUGCUUGUUGUCUAAAGGCCAGGGCUUCUUCAUCAGCUGCUGAGCUUGAUGCGAAAUGCCACUCUACCGUUGUUUCUGGGUGGUUCUCGGAAUCUCAAUCCUGCUCUGGCAAAGCUGGGAGAAAGGUUGUUUACUUUAACAACCCUAUGUGGCCUGGAGAAGCACACUCACUGGAAGUGGAGGAAAUUUUGUAUGAGGGAAAGUCAGACUACCAGGAGGUUUUGGUCUUUCAGUCAUCAUCGUAUGGAAAAGUUCUUGUUCUUGAUGGCAUCGUUCAGUUGACCGAGAAAGACGAAUGUGCAUACCAGGAAAUGAUAGCACAUCUCCCACUCUGCUCAAUUCCAUCCCCGAAAGCUGUCCUUGUAGUUGGCGGUGGCGAUGGAGGUGUCCUCAGGGAGAUCUCUCGUCACACUUCAGUGGAGACCAUCGACAUAUGUGAAAUAGAUAAGAUGGUCAUAGAUGUAAGUAAGAAGUUCUUUCCUGAAUUAUCCAUUGGAUUUGAGGACCCGCGUGUUCAUCUCCACGUUGGUGAUGCUGUUGAAUUCCUCCAGCGUACUCCUGAAGGGAAGUAUGAUGCAAUCAUUGUUGAUUCUUCGGACCCUGUAGGCCCUGCUCAAGAGCUCGUCGAGAAGCCAUUCUUCGAGACCAUAGCAAGAGCACUGAGGCCCGGCGGAGUCCUCUGCAACAUGGCUGAGAGCAUGUGGCUCCACACGCAUCUCAUCGAGGACAUGAUCUCCAUCUGUCGCGAGACUUUCAAGGGCUCAGUUCGCUAUGCCUGGGCCAGCGUGCCAACGUACCCAAGUGGGGUGAUUGGUUUCGUGUUGUGCUCCACGGAGGGCCCUGCUGUGGAUUUUUUGAACCCUGUCAACCCGAUUGAGGAGGUGGACGGAGCAGGGAAGCACAAGAGGGAACUUAGGUUCUACAACUCCGAGAUGCACAGAGCUGCCUUUGCACUGCCCAACUUCUUGAAAAGGGAGGUGAGCCUGCUUCGAGGCGCCACAGUUCCUUUCCUUGUCCGAGGGGAGCGGAUGUGAAUGUGAUGCCACACUCGUUGUUGCAUCGUGUCUUAUCGCGUUGCUUGCGCCAGUUUCACCUCAUUAUUGGUAUUUGACGACUGUAAUAAUAACUCUAUUCUUAC